UGAAAUCAAAUUGACGUUUCAAAGAUUUCUUACCCCCACACCCAAACCUAUAUAAACCUUCAACCAUCACUCAUCUCUCUGCAUCACUCUCACUCUCAAAUUUUCUCUCUCUCAAUCGCAAAUUAGGGUUUCAAUUCUCUCUCUUAAUCGCAAGUUAGGGUUUCGCAUAUCAAUUCCCAAAUCAUUCGAUUGGUGCCGCCCAGCACUAUCGUCUCUUCAAGAAACGACGCCAAGUUCUUCUUCAACCUCAACCGUCUUCCUCCAUUCUCUAGAAAAAGUUAAGAGAGUCUUCCAUAAUGGUUGCUAAUAUCUGGUCCGAUGAUAACAGUCAACAACUCGAAGCAACUACGGAAUUUCGGAAGCGUCUUUCCAUCGAACGCUAUCCUCCGAUCGAUGAAGUUAUUCAAUCUGGUGUUGUUCCUCGUUUUGUUCAAUUUCUAUAUAGGGAGGAUUUUCCUCAACUUCAGUUUGAGGCUGCUUGGGCACUCACAAACAUAGCAUCUGGAACUUCGGAGAACACUAAGGUGGUAAUUGAUCAUGGGGCAGUACCAAUAUUUAUCAAGCUACUUAGUUCACCAAGUGAUGCUGUUCGGGCACAGGCUCCGUGGGCAUUGGGAAACAUUGCUGGUGAUUCCCCUAGGUGUCGUGAUCUUGUUCUCAGUCAUGGUGCCCUGAUCCCGCUGUUAUCCCAGUUGAAUGACCAAACAGAGCUUUAUAUAUUGAGAAAUGCCAUUUGGACCUUGUCAAACUUUUGCAGGGGCAAGCCACAACCCCCACUUGAGCAGAUGAGGCCAGCGCUUCCCGCUCUCAAGCAUUUGGUUUUUUCCAAAGACGAAGAAGUCCUAACCGAUGCAUGGUGGGCACUCUCGUAUCUUUCUGAUGGAACAAAUGACAAUAUCCAAGCGGUGAUCGAGGCAGGUGUAUGUGGCAGACUGGUGCAGCUCCUUCUGCACCCAUCUCCUUCAGUGCUGAUUCCUGUCGUUCGCACAAUGGGAAAUAUUGUAACUGGAGACAAUAUGCAGACUCAGGCUAUUAUCAAUCAUGGUUCACUCCCAUGCCUUUUGAGCCUGUUGACCAGUAGUCACAAGAAAAGUAUUAAGAAAGAAGUUUGCUGGACUGUGUCAAACAUUACAGCUGGAAACAGAGAGCAGAUACAGGCUGUCAUUGAAGCUGGUUUGAUUGCUCCCCUAGUCAAUCUUCUUCAAAAUGCUGAGUUUGACAUUAAAAAAGAAGCUGCAUGGGCACUCACUAAUGCUACAUCAGGUGGUACCCACGAGCAAAUCAAGUACUUGGUUAGCCAGGGUUGCAUUAAGCCUCUGUGUGAUUUGAUGGUUUGCCCUGAUCCAAGAAUUGUUACUGUCUGUCUAGAAGGUCUUGAGAAUAUUCUGAAGGUUGGAGAAGUGGAGAAAAGCUUUGGUAACACGGGAGAUGUCAACUUGUAUGCUCAGAUGAUAGAGGAUGCUGAGGGAUUGGAAAAGAUUGAUAACAUGCAGAAUCAUGACAACUAUGAAAUUUAUGAGAAGGCUGUUAAAAUUCUUGAGACAUAUUGGUUGGAAGAUGAAGACGAGACACUAACUUCAUGGUGUCUGGUCUAGUGAUAUUUCACUGGGGAGAAAGUAUGUUGCAGCAGCUAGGACCAAUGAUGUGACGUUUGGUGGGAGGGAUGGGGGGUUCGGUCCAGUAUCUGUUGUCAGUCCGGUCUAGUGAUAUUUUGCCGGGGGAGAAAGUAUGUUGCAGCAGUAAGGACCCAUGACAUGAUGUUUGGGUGGGGGGUUCGGUCCAGUAUCUGGUGUCAGUCUGGUCUAGUGAUAUUUUGCCGGGGUAGAAAGUAUGUCGCAGCAGCAAGGACCCAUGACGUGAUGUUUGGGUGGGGUGUGGUGGGGGGUUCGGUCCAGUGUCUGGUGUCAGUCUGGUCUAGUGAUAUUUUGCCGGGGGAGAAAGUAUGUCGCAGCAGCAAGGACCCAUGACGUGAUGUUUGGGUGGGGUGUGGUGGGGGGUUCGGUCCAGUGUCUGGUGUCAGUCUGGUCUAGUGAUAUUUUGCCAGGGGAGAAAGUAUGUUGCAGCAGCAAGGACCGGUGGCGUUUGUGUGGGGUGGGGGGGGUGGGUUGGUCCUUGAAAUUCAUGGUAUCUGGUGUCAGUCUGUUUUGCUGGGGAGAAUGUAUGUUGCAGCAUGAAGGACCCGUGAUGUACAGCAAUGAUGAGAUGAUGACUCUUGAAGAUCUGCAUGCCGCCAUCUCAGUAUAUUUAGUUUACGUUGUUAGUAGUUCAGCUAUCGCUUAUGCGGCUUUACGUUGUUAGUAGUUCAGCUAUUGCUUAUGCGGCUGUGAGAUUAUGUUUAGAGUUUACUACGUACUAUGUGAGAAACUAUUGGAGGUUUAGAGUUUACUACGUACUAUGUGACAAACUAUUGGCUGUGAGAUUAUUUAUUGGAGUAUUGUUUUAGACUUU